AUGGGUAAAGGUCAGGCAAUCGGAGAAGGAUUAUUUGAUAUAACAUACUUAAUAUCAGUUAUUACUAUGGGCAUUAUCAUUCUUUGCACCUGCCAUACUCUUGAAAGCCAAUUAUUUGGUGCAAUGGCUGUUAUUUUAGGCUGUGGAGAUGCAUUCCACCUUAUCCCAAGAGUAUGGGGCCUAACACACGAAGGACUUGAUCAUUAUCCAAGAGCUCUUGGAAUUGGAAAAUUAGUUACAUCUAUUACAAUGACAGUUUUCUAUUUAGUCUUCUACUUUGUCUUAGAACUUCGUUAUGAUUACGUCAAUGAUGCAAUGAGGUAUUCAAUGAUUGCUCUUUCGAUUUUAAGAAUUGGACUUUGCUUAUUACCACAAAACCAGUGGACAAAAGGCGAAGGAAACUACACAAUGGGAAUUGUUCGUAAUAUUCCAUUCUUUGCAAUUGGAAUCAUUAUUAUGGUUCUUUGUUUCAAGUUAGCCAGAUCCGAUCCAUUCAUGAAAUUAUCAUGGCUUGCCGUCUUCCUCUCAUUCUUGUUUUAUGCUCCAGUCGUACUCUUAGUCCAUAAAUUCAAAUUUGUCGGAAUGCUUAUGAUACCAAAGACCAUUGUAUAUCUUUGGCUUGUUAUUAUGGGUUAUCAAACUUAUGUUGGAAUUAGACUUAAUUAA